AUGUUCGAUCAAAGUUUCAAAACAGAGAGCCAGAUAUCGCUCAUUGGACACGACACGGCUGACUCGAAGCCCUCCACGACUGAACGAAAAGAGGCGAAGAAGUCACUGUUUCAACGGCUGCAAAGCACAAAGAGGGCCGAGAUUUCGGAGGAAGACUUGCUAAAGUACACUGGCAUGACCAAAGACGGUCUUGCUGAUUGGGCUAGGGACCGUCCCGGUGUCGGUAAGAACCAACGUGCCGAGGGCGCCUCUGGACCCCCAGAGGCUGCGGGCAUUGUUAUAGGGGGUUGUUGA